CAGGGGUCCCUUUACCUUUACCUUUACCCCUGCUCUGCGGGCCAGAGCUCAUCUUUAUUUUAUUCUAUCUAGUGUUUCUCCAACCCUCCUGCUUUAUGAAAUCCUGUUUGCUCAAAUCUGAGAGCUUCUCUCUGUGUGUGGCAAGACUUAAGGCAGGGAUGUAGAACUUGCGACCCACCAAAUGCUCUUGGAUUCCCACCAACCCCAGCCAAUAUGGCUGUAGUCUCUGGGGUGAUGGGAGUUGUAGUUCAGUAACAUCUGAAGAACCACAGGUUCCCCAUCCCUGCCUUAAUGGCUUAUCUUAUGCAGCUGUUUGGUUUCAAGCCAACACAGACUCAUUUUUGCUCCUUCCUAGGCAUAGGACUUCUCAGGGUUGUGGACUUGUCCCAUUCCAUGUGUUCCUGUUAUUGCCAUGCUCACAUUUGGAUUCUCAGAACAAAAGAAUGAAUUGUCAGGAAAGACAAAGAAUAACAUCCACUGCUGAGAGUAUGGCAGAAUUGAUGUCUAUGGACUCGUCAGAAGUAUCCAACACCAGAGAUGAGCAGGAAGAGGAGGUGAUGUAUCAGCCACUGAAAGUAUACUUGAGAGUGCGGCCCUUUUCUAAGGCAGAGCUUGAAAACAAUGAAAACCAGGACUGUUUGAUUAUUGAAAAUCAAGAAACAGUGACUCUUCACGCACCUAAAUACUCUACUGCUAUGAAGAACAGUGAAAAGGGAAUUGGACAAUCGGCGCAUCAGUUCACUUUUACUCAGGUGUUUGGACCAGAGACUUCUCAAAGUGAAUUUUUUGAAGGCACAAUGAACGACAUAGUAAAAACUUGUAUCAACGGAGUGAAUGGACUUGUGUUUACCUAUGGUGUGACUAACGCAGGCAAAAGUUUCACAGUUCAAGGCUGCUCGAAAGACGGUGGUAUCCUUCCCCGCUCUCUUGAUCUCAUAUUUAACCAUGUAAGGGGAAGACAGUAUCCAAAGAUGAACAUAAAACCAUGCUUCAGCAAUCUUACCAAGAGGCUAAAUGAUACGCAGGUUAAGCAAGAAGAAUCCAUCAAAGCUGCCCUUCUUGCUUCUCUGAAAGAGGAUACUGAAAAUACUUCAAAGUCUAUCACAUCUUCAAGUGCAUCAGGCUCAACUUCUAGUAGCUGUAGCUCACCAAGUUUUGUUUUGAAUGAAUCAGAUUCUGAGGUUUAUACCAAGUGCCCCAAGACCCUAGCAUCUGUUUGGGUUUCUUUCUUUGAAAUCUACAAUGAGUACAUCUAUGACCUACUGGAUGUAGUGCCUGCAUCGAAGAAUCAGAAGCGCAAAGUUUUAAGGAUAUGCGAAGAUCAGGGAGGAAACUCUUACGUAAAAGACUUAAAGUGGAUCAGUAUAAAGAGUACAGAUGAGGCCUGCAAAAUUCUUAAAGUAGGAAAUAAGAACAGAAGUUUGGCAUGCACCAGGAUGAACCAACAAUCAAGCAGAAGUCACAGUAUAUUUUCUAUUCGACUGCUCAGCUUGAGUGAUGAGAGUGUGCCACGAGUUCUUGGAGUCUCUGAACUCUCUCUCUGUGACUUGGCUGGAUCAGAACGAUGCCAUAAAGCACAAACCUUUGGAGACAGACUGAAAGAAGCAGGCAAUAUUAAUAAUUCUCUUCUUAUUCUUGGAAAAUGCAUUGCAGCUCUAAAGCAAAAUCAAAACCCUAAAUUAAGGCCAGCAUACAUUCCCUUCAGAGAGAGUAAGCUGACCCGCCUGUUCCAGCCAUUCUUCUGUGGUAAAGGCAAAGCUUGCAUGAUUGUCAAUAUUAACCAGUGUGCUUCUACCUAUGAUGAGACAUUGCAUGUAAUGAAGUUUUCUGCUGUAGCGAAGCAAGUUAUUCAAACAUUCCAGCACAAAAUAUUUGAUUAUUUUCAAAAAUAUAUUGGAAGGGACGAUAGGCCUACAGUGCACUUUGAUGACAUAUCUGCAGAGCAACUUCCAGAGGAUUCUUGUAUCUCCUCUGAAGAGGAAAUAGAUAUAACUAUUAUGAACCAUGAGGAUCUCUUGAAAAUGACAGAGAUCUUGAAGAGCAAGCUGAUUGCAGAGAGGCAAGGCAAGCUGCUCCUUGAGGUGCAAAUACGCAAGGAGAUGGCUGAAGCAAUGUUUCAGCAACUGAUGGAAACAGAAGAAGCCUGGAGUAAACGCUUAGAAGAUCUGAAAGAAAGGUAUGAAGAAAAAAUGGAGAGUAAAUUUGAAAUGUACAAGGAGGCCAUAAAGAAGCAUGCAUACAUGUGUGCAAUGGAUCAAAUUGAAAACCACUAUGUGCCAAUAGAGGAGUUCAUUGCUGAACAAGCAAAGGUCGAGGACAGAGAAAUGAAAAUACUAGAGUUGAAAGCAAAACUUGGUAAACUCAAUACCUUGCCUUCAGAAAGUCCUAAUUUAGACUCUGCAGAAGGGAACAUUGAUCCAGAUCUUAAAUGCAAUGCUUCAGAUGCUUCGCAGGGACAAUGUGAUGAGAGAGACAAGCAAAUAAGAUCCUUGAACUUAAAAAUAGAGAAAUUAAAUGAAAUGUUGCAAGACGCCAAUGAACUCUACAGACAAGCAAUGGAAGAAAAUAAUAGACUUAAGCAAGUGAUGAUGCAUAAGGAAGAAGUCAAGGGUCUUCAAAACCGGGCUAAGCGUGGCAAUGAGCUUGAAGCCACAGUGUCUCUUCUACAAGAGGAGCUACGUGAAAGCAAAAAACUCCUAAGCACAGAUUCGAAGCAUCAGAAAUCCAAGAAGGGCUUCUUUGCAAAUCUGAAACAUACCCUAGCAGAUGUUCCUAAAACACUCGGUGACAAAGACUCAGAAAAACCUGAGGCAUCUUCUACAAGCUCUCACAAGUGACCUCAGCAACACGCAAAGUAAGAGAGUAAUUUGGAUCCUUCUUGGGGAGGGUUUAAUGCAGCUACUGAAUUAGUACAGGUACUGAAUUGGUGGUUAAUCAGAGAAGGCAAAAGCACUGGAGGCAAUUUCUACUUUGAAAAUAGAAAUGCUUUGCUGAAUAAGUUAAGUUAAGCAUGGCUUAAAUGUGGCCUCAGAUGAUCUUGUUGCUGUAUAGUGCUACUAUCUGCAUCAAUAAUGCCAGAACACAUUAAACACACCAUUGCUUAUGUUUUUCUUGUACUAGGAUAUAUUUUGGAAGUUCCCUUGUUUUAAGAAAUAUACUUAAUGUUCAGAUCACAAUAUCCAUUAUCUCAGCUUCAGGACCAUUGUAAAAAUGUGUAGAAUGAAGCUACAUGAAUUCUGUGAUUGAAUUGCUUUCCUUGUAUGAAGAAAUCGGAUGGAAAUGUGUAAAGCAGCCAUUUUAUACAUUUGCUAAUAAAAAUGUUUACCAAUAUUU